CUGCCAAGCAGCCAGCCAGCCAGUGAGCCCUCCUGGCACCGUCCUCCCCUCCACACCCCCUUUCUCUCUUUUCCCUCUAAUGGAUCCAUAUAUUCUCACGUUAGGCUGUGGAUACUGAUCUGUGCCUGUCAAUUUGCUUUCUCCUGUUCAUUUUCAGCUUGGAUAACUGGAAUGUACCAAAACCACAUCAAGGACAGCAACAACAAUUGCAAUAAAAGUCGUCUCUGUGAUUACAAGGAAAAGCUUAUCCAAGCUAUAAAAAGAAUCAAGCACGAGGUAGAUGAGUGCAGAGACGCGGAGAGAGAGACAUACAUAGAGUCUGUGCAAGUAGAGAACAGCUUUGAUGCCCUGGAACGAGAUAUCAGAGCCGAGUUUCAGAACCUCCAUCGUUUCCUAGACGAGGAGGAGAGCAGGGACCUGGAGCGUCUGAACAGGCAGAGACAGAAACAACUAAAGCAGCUGAAGGAAAGAGAGAAGAAGAUAAUAGAGCAAGGGAGAGACCUGGACAGGGCGAUUGCAGUGCUGAAUGGCAAAUUGGCUGAGGAAGACAGUCCGAAUCUUUUGAAAGAAAUUCAAGAUCUCAUAAAGAGGUCUCAGGUCAGUUUGGUGCUCCCGGCGGAGGUGGACACUGAGGUGCGCUCUGGUCAGUUUGUGGGCCCCAUACAGUACAGGAUAUGGAAGCACAUGAAAAGCUGCCUCUAUCCAAAUAUUACAUCAGUGACUUUUGACCCCAACACAGCCCACCCUAAUCUGUCCCUGUCCAAGUCCUGCACUUCAGUUUGGUUUGAUGAGGAUAAAAACACGCAGGAUUGUGAUCCAAGCCCUCAACGGUUCCAUUAUUAUUACUGUGUGCUGGGAAGUAAGGGCUUCACGACAGGCCGGCACUACUGGGAGGUGGAGGUGGCUCAUAAGACAGCGUGGAGGUUGGGCGUGGCACGAGAGGAUGUUGAAAGAGGGGAGAUGGAUGCUACGGGAACCUCCAGCGGCUUGUGGACCCUGGCCCUGAAAGGUGGAUCUGUUUUAGCCUGCACGGACCCAGAGUCCACCAAGGUCACUGUGUCUGUCCGACUUGCCCGCAUUGGUGUGUUCUUAGACUGUGAAAAUGAGGAAGUGUCUUUCUAUAAUGCUGUUACCAUGGCGCCGAUUUACACCUUCACCAUGGGAACAGUUAUGGUCCCUCUGUUCCCCUUCUAUAAUCCAUGUGACUCUGAUGAUGGGAAAAACAAUGCAGCACUUAAGAUUUUUAACCCCUCACUAUGAUAAGAAACAGUUUUCCAGCAAAAGAAUAUAUUUUUUGAAUUAAAAUUAAGAGCUGAAAGAACUCAGAAUUAUUCCGUGCUUGAAUUAAAAGAAAAUUAAAUUCCAACCUAUUGAGCAAAUAAUGCCUUUGUUUUAUUUUGAACACAAAAAAAAUCCAAAUGUAUGCUGGUUACAGCCAACAAUGAAAAUAUAAAUAAGAUUCAGCCCUCAUAAAUAAGCUCCUGUGAGGAACCGUCGAUUUGUGGUGACUUUGGUGCCCCCUGUGUACAAAGUAGGCUAAGUCUUAUUUUGUUCGCUAAUCUUGUUCUUACGUGCAAGUCAUGAUUUCUAUCAAAACAUCUCAUCCAGCUGUCUUUUAACAGUCAGAUGUAUCAGUCAUUGUGGAUAUUUGCUGUGGAAAAUGUAACAAAGAAGAAGUUGUGUUUCUUCAUUGUGUUGUAAAUCAUCCUAACCCACAUGAGCUGCUGUAAGCAACAACAACAAAAACAGUUGCUAUGCAUAUAAAUUGUCAUUUUUGUC